CUAGCAUAAGAGACCGCGCAGAGAGGUGGGAAGGAGGCCGACAUCUCCGUCGAUGCCUCGCACCUGGAGCCGCCUGGCGCUCCGGAUUUGGCCUCUGAUCCUUGAAGGACUGGCCGGGACUUAAUUUCGGUAUUUAGUUCCGACCGUUGACUUGCCGCUGGGGCCUGUGCACCCCACACAGGACAAAGUGCAGCACUUGGCAUACUGCAGGGAGGAGGCUAACAUGAAAAUAACUUGCAGAGCCAUGAGGGAGAAGGGGCCAAUCCAAUCUGUCCCCCACCCCCAACUUGUACUGAGCAGGUCCUGCACCCGUGACUGGGAGACAGUCUUUGGAGGUCUCCGCUGAAGAGGGCAGAGGGUCCCUGAACACAGUGAAGUGAUGUCAGCGUGGUGCCCCCACCAUGGGCAAUGCGCAGGAGCGGCCCUCAGAAACCAUCGACCGGGAGCGGAAACGCCUGGUGGAGACGCUGCAGGCGGACUCGGGGCUGCUGCUGGAUGCGCUGCUGGCGCGGGGCGUGCUCACCGGGCCCGAGUACGAGGCGCUGGACGCGCUGCCGGAUGCCGAGCGCAGGGUGCGCCGCCUGCUGCUGCUGGUGCAGAGCAAGGGCGAGGCCGCCUGUCAGGAGCUGCUGCACUGCGCGCAGCGGACCACGCGGACGCCCGACCCCGCCUGGGACUGGCAGCACGUGGGCACGGGCUACCGGGAACGCAGCUACGACACUUCAUGCCCUGGCCACUGGACACCUGAGGCACCUGGCUUGAGAAUCACUUGCCCCGAACUGCCCAUUGCUUCAGACUGCGACGAGGCUGGGGUUCCUGGGGGCUCAGAGACAGCGCAAUCCGGAACGCCCGAGGAACUCAAUCCGGAGCUGGAAGCUGGGGCCUCUGAAGAGGCUGAGCUGGAUGUGGAACCAGAACCAGAGGCAGAGGCAGAACCCGAACCUGAACUGGAGCGGGAACCCGAACCCGAGCUGGAGCCCGAGCCCGACUUCGAGGCUGGUGAUGAGUCUGAAGAUUCCUGAAUGCCGGAGGAACACUGACAGGCCGCCCCUGCCCAAGCCGCGUAGGACCUGGGAUCCUGCCCUGACAUGUGUUGGGAGUUGCCACCAAGUCUCCACCUGACCCAGUACCACUAGAAGUGAAUAAACUCUAGAGGGUCA